AAUGUCCUCACCUAGUUUACCCUUCUAAAACCCUCUUAUCCCCGAAAAACCCCAAAUCUUAACACAGUAACUCCGCUAUUCAAGUCCCAGAAAUGUCCUCCAUGACUACAAAACUCGCCACCAAAUCCCUCCUCAAACUCCUCAUCUCUUCCUCACCGAAACCGCCCAUUUCUGGAUUCUUUUCCACCUUCACUUCCGAGGAUAGGACCCAGAAACUCGAGCGCAUCGCUGACGAGCUUUUAGACUUAACAAAACUCGAACGCUAUGACUACUCCAUCCUCUUCCGUCUCAAACUAGGCCUCAACCGCUACGGCCCUGCCGUCUCUGGCGUCACCUCCGCUGCCCCAUCAGCACCCGGAUCCGGUUCGGUCGCAGCCGAAUCGAAAGCCGCAGAAAAGAUGGCGUUUGAUAUAAAGCUGGAGAAAUUCGACGUGGCGGCGAAGAUAAAGAUAAUAAAAGAAGUGAGGACAUUUACGGAAUUGGGGUUAAAGGAAGCUAAAGAUUUGGUGGAGAAAGUUCCCGUUGUGGUUAAAAAGGGAGUUACAAAAGAGGAAGCUGAGGCCAUUAUUAAGAAGCUCCAAGAAUUGGGUGCCACUGUGGUACUUGAAUGAACAUUUUUUUAAGAUAUUUUUGUUCUGGCAUUACCAUCGGAAUUUGAAAGUGAAAAACUUUGCUGAAAUUAAUUCAGUCUUCUUGCUGAAAAGAUUGGGUUUUUUUUCCUUUAAGAAAAUAUUUACUGUUCUUUCUGCUCUUUUAUGAAAUUCUUUGGAGAUGUUUGAUGCAUUUAGCCUUGGGUGUAUCAAGUUGAUUGGAUUAGAGUGGCUACCUAGCUUCUGUGCUAUACACUAAGAUAUGCUAUCAUCCAAAUUUCUUUUGACAUUUGCUACCAAGGCUGAAAUGCAGCUGCUGCUUUAGAGAAUGUUGUGUUUCUUAACUUGUAAGUGUCAGUGCAACUACCUGGGAACUCAAGAGUCAAGAGUUAUUGGAAUUGGAAUGCUGGGACAUUUGUUUGUAGCAUCUCUAUACUCUUUAUAUUUUGGAGCUUUGUUCUACAGGUUCUCUUUUCUUGGUUUCCUACUGAGAAUCUGAUAUAUAUAUAUUGCUAGUUUUCCUUCAAAUGAGGAAAGGAUUUGUUAUUUGGUCACUGAGCAUGGAGGACUAAUUGCUUCAGUUGGAGUACAGGUUUUUUGCCUUUGAAAGGAGUUAUUUUUUUGCUUUUUCAUCAUCAUCCUACAUGCAUCGGUUAAAAUCCGUGUCCAUUGUGAGCUAAAAUUAAGUAGCAGUGGAGCCACCUUGGAGAGUUUGCAAAGACUAAGCUAUUUCUAUGAUGCUUUGGACUAAUCAAAGAUGUUCUAAAGAUGAUUACUUGAAGCUUUGGCCAUGUUUGUUGGAGAUAUGGAUUCUGGUCUCCACAAAAUAUUUCUGCAAGUCCUGUGACAGUGAGUUAACAUAUGGUUUUAGGUAAAAUCUUAUGCUAGAUUGUUCUGAGCAAAGCUAGGAUGAAAUGUUGUGCCUCAUUGUUGCUGUGUUUAAUUAGUCAGUACCCUCCCUAAAAACCAUGGAAUAAGUAAUUAGUUAUUAUCCAAUGAAUAAGUAAAUAGUCAUUAUCCAAUCUAGUUUCUACUUGUUAUGCUAUGUAGUUU